CUUUGGGGUCCUUUGUCAGAAAUUCCCUCUGUCGGACGUAACCUCGUCUACAUUCCCACCCUGGUUAUUUUUCUCUGCAUCCAGAGUCCAACUGCGCUGGCGGAUAACUUCGGGACGCUCUUAUCGAUGAGAUUCCUGGGCGGAUUCUCUGCGAGCCCGGUCCUCGCUGUCGGUGGAGGAAGGAAGCCUGAUCGACAUCGUUGA